AUUUUACCUUCAUCAUUUUGAAAAGGUUGUGUUCGUUAUUAUUACAUUUGAUACGUGUAAAUGUUUUCACUCUUUACUGAUGCAAAAGUGUUAAAAUAUUUAAAAUAAUGAUUGAAAAGAAUUUUUCAAUCGUUGAUUAUCUGGUUUUUGGUUUAUUUCUGUCGUCUUCGGCAUUGAUUGGUAUAUACUUUGCAAUUAAAGACCGGAAGAAAUCAAAUAAUGAAGAGUUUCUGACGGGUGGCAAGAAUUUAGCCUUAUUUCCGGUUUGCAUGUCUUUAAUCGCAAGUUUUCUCUCUUCUAAUACAAUAUUAGGCGUUCCCUCAGAAAUAUAUCUAUUUGGAACCCAGUAUUCCGUGCAUUUAAUAACGUUUACAAUUGCUGUAAUACUUGCGGCCAAUGUUUUUAUGCCCGUGUAUUAUAGGCUAAAUCUGGCCAGUGUUCAUAAGUAUUUGUUGCGUCGAUUUGGCGUGAAUGCAGUGAGAAUAUCAGGGUCAAUUGGAUUCAUUCUAUGCACUUUACCAUAUCUCGGAGUUGUUCUGUACGGACCUUCUCUAGCAUUGGCUUCCGUGACCCCGUUGUCAGUGACCGGUUCCAUAAUUGUGGUUGGUGCCAUAUGCACUUUCUAUACAUCAACUUAGGGCGGCAUAAAAGCGGUAAUUUGGACGGAUGUGAUGCAAACCAUUCUUAUGUUCAGUGGACUACUUAUGGUGGCAAUUGUGGGCUCAAUAGAAAUGGGAGGUCUUAUAAAACCGUGGAAGAUUGCAUAUGAUAAUAAUCGACUCGUUUUAUUUAACUCUGAGUUUAGUCUGUAUAGAGGGGACACAUUCUGGGCUGUGUUUUUGGGAACGUUGACGGGAUGGACCGGAACCUAUUGUGUAAAACAAACUCAAGUGCAGAGAUAUUGCUGUAUGAGUAGUCCACAAAAAGCUAAAAAAACUCUAUACUGGAAUAUUCCGGGCGUUUUAAUCAUAGCAUUUACUGCCAUUUGGUGUGGAAUUGUUAUAUUUGCUAAAUAUAAUGGCUGUGAUCCAAUAUCGUUAAAAAUAAUUGAAAAGCAUGAUCAGUUAAUGCCUUACUUUGUGAUGGAAACCCUAUCCAAUUUUCCCGGACUUCCCGGUCUAUUUGUUUCCUGUGUUUUUAGCGGUUCCCUAAGUACGCUAUCGUCCGGUUUCAAUGCGUUAGCGACAGUCACUUGGGAUGACUUAGUAAAGAGAUAUUUCCGGAAUAUAAGUGGCAAAAAGCAACUUCUCAUCACCAAAUUUAUCGCCAUGACUUAUGGAUUGUUGGCGAUUGCAAUCGCUUUCAUUGUCGGCCGAUUGGGAACUGUAUUACAGGGUGCCAUUUGUGGACUCGUUUCUGGAGUGGGAAUAUGUCUGGCGAUCACAAUCGGAACCAUUAUAUAUCCGCGACCAAAAGGCUUUCAACUGCCCGUUUCGGUCACGUCUUGUCCGCCAGAAAUAUUGAGUCUCGUGUCAGAGAAGACAUGGAUGUCAGCCGCACAAAGACAGUACUCCGUUCACUACGAGCCACAGUAG